AUGUAUGUGUGGAUAACGCAAGCCAUCGCCUUUGCAUCCUUCGUCCUGUCGUGGGCUGAAACCAUAGAAAGCUACGGAGACAUUUGCGAAAAUCUUUGCUCUUGCGAGGAGAAAGACGAGGUCCUGGUGGUCGGCUGUGAGAACAGCGAAAUUAUCAGCCUCCUGCAGAUCAGCCCGCCGCGGUUCCCGGUCUAUCAUUUGUUUCUGACGGGGAACCUGCUCAGCCGCCUGUACCCCAACGAGUUUAUCAAUUUCACCGGCGUUUCCAUUCUGCACCUGGGUAGCAACGAGAUCCAGGACAUCGAGGCGGGCGCUUUCAACGGGCUGCGAGCCGCCCGGCGGCUGCACCUCAACAACAACAAAUUGGAGGCGCUUCGGGAUGACACUUUUUCAGGGCUGGAGAAUUUGGAAUAUCUCCAGAUAGAUUACAACUACAUCAGCUCCAUCGAAGCCGGCUGCCUCGGUAAACUGCACAUGUUGCAGGUCCUCAUCCUGAACGACAACCUGCUCAGCAGCCUGCCCGGCAACCUUUUCAAGCACGUCCCCCUCACCCACCUCGACCUGAGGGGCAAUCGGCUCAAGAUGCUGCCCUACGCGGGGCUCCUGGAGCACAUGGACCGAGUGGUCGAGCUGCAGCUGGAGGACAACCCCUGGAACUGCACUUGCGAGCUCAUUGCCCUGAAGGCUUGGCUGGAGAGCAUUUCGUACACCGCCCUGGUCGGGGAGGUCGUGUGUGAGACCCCCUUCCGACUGCACGGCAGGGACGUGGACGAGGUGUCCAAGCAGGAGCUGUGCCCCCGGAGAACGAGCAUCGACUCCGAUUGGAAGCUGCUGCCCCCACUGACCACCCACGGGUAUUUUUAUACCAGCCCAGCCCCGGCCACUUCCAUCGUCACUUCCUCGUCUGUCUCCAAGUUUCCAUCCAGGGCCCCCAAGGGCACUCGCCUCCCCAAAGCCCCACGUGCCCGCCCCACCUCCAAGGGCCCCCCCGCAAAGGAAGGCUACAACUACGGCCCCAUUUUCGCCUAUCAGACCAAGCCCCCGGUGCCUUUAGUGUGCCCCCGCCAGUGCACGUGUAACAUGCAGAUCUCUGACAUUGGCCUCAACGUGAACUGCCAGGAGAAGCGGAUCGAGAGAAUUACCGAGCUGCAGCCCAAACCCUACAACCCCAAGAAGAUGUACCUCACCGGGAAUUACAUCCUGACCGUCCGGAGGUCGGACUUCUAUGACACGCCGGGAUUAGACCUGCUGCACCUGGGUCACAACAGGAUCACCGUGGUCCAGGACAGAGCCUUCAUGAACCUCACCCACUUGCGCCGACUUUACCUCAAUGGUAAUUGCAUCGAAAGGCUCACUUCGGAGAUCUUUUACGGGCUGCGAAGCCUGCAGUACCUGUACUUAGAGUACAACGCUAUUAAAGAAAUUGUGCACGGCACCUUUAAGCCCGUCCCCAGUUUGCAUCUGCUCUUUUUAAACAAUAACCUUCUGAGGGCUUUCCCCAGGGACAUCUUUGUAGGGUUGAAUCUGACCAGGCUGAGCUUGCGGAGUAACCGUUUCACAUCCCUGCCUGUGGUUGGAGUCCUAGAGCAACUUAAGUCCUUAAUACAGAUCGAGCUGUACGAGAACCCCUGGGAUUGUACCUGUGAUAUUGUAGGCAUGAAGCACUGGCUGGAGAGGUUUAAUACUGGCACUCUCAUUAAUGGCGUGAUCUGUGAAUCGCCCAAGCAGUUUACAGGGAAAGACCUGAGAGCGAUUAAGUCCGAUUUGAUCUGCCCUGAUUACUCUGAUAUAAUCGUGUCGACCCCGUCCCCUUCCGCUGCCCAGACCACGGAGAGCCCCACCACCGCGGCCACCCCUUUCCAGUACAUGGCGGACACGGGCUCUGUGCCCCUGUCCGUCCUCAUCCUCAGCUUGCUUCUGGUCUUCAUCACGUCCGUGUUCGUCGCCGCCGGCCUCUUCGUGCUGGUGAUGAAGCGGCGCAAAAAGGCACAGAGUGACCGAGCCAGCACCAACAACUCCGACGUGAGCUCUUUCAACCUGCAGUACAGUGUGUACAGCCACAGGUCGGCCCCCAAAGCCAAGAGCCCAGCCAGCCAUGUGUACGAGUACAUCCCUCACCCCCUGGGACACAUGUGUAAGAACCCCAUCUACAGGUCGAGGGAGGGCAACUCAGUGGACGAUUACAGAGAUCUACACGAGCUGAAGGUCACCUACAGAAACCAAGUCGACGAGGAAAGAGAAAACCAGUUGAGGAGCCCCACGUACAGCAUUAGCACCAUAGAGCCCCAGGAAGAGAUCUCCCCAGUGCAAGAUGUAGAUCAUUUCUAUCGUGGGAUUUUAGAACCCGUGAAACAGUCGCCCACUGGGAACAGUAUUGACUAUAAAUUUGGUAGCCCACCAAACUAUAAUUACUCACCAAACUAUGAAAUUAGACGUCAGUAUUUACAUCCAGAAAGGAUGAGGGAGACGGUGCUGUACGGGGCACCCAAUAACGUAUAUGCUGAGCAAAUUAGAAAUGACUAUCUCGAACUGAAAGCAAAGCUUCAUAUUGAGCCGGACUACCUCGAAGUUCUGGAAAAACAGACAACGUGCAGUCAGUUCUAA